CGUAAGUCUGCCACCUCUAUAGACCAGCACGUGUAGUUGUGAUUUUCAAAUAUAGUUUUGCUCGACAUUAAACGUCUCAGUCGCAUUAAAAAUAAUGGUUAAGGUACAAAAACCGCAGCCCAAGUCGCUGAACAAGAGCACCAGCAUCGAGGGCGUGGCCAAGAAGAAAGGCAAGCCUGAAAAGACGAAGAAACUGCCCGUGGAAGCCGCUUUGGAGUUGGCCAGCAGCAAAAAGAUAAAAAACGCGCCUUUGCAAAAAAGUGAUGGCGGUAAGAAAGAGCAAAAGGUGUCCAAAAAGGACGCCGAGAAGAAGCAGGCAAAGGCGGUAAAAAGACCUCUGAUUCUGGCGCCUCCAGAGUCGCCUGCUGCUCCUGCAGCAGUGAAGAAAUCCAAGGUAAAGCCGGCUGUUUCUGCAGCUCCUGCAACCAAAAACACAGCAGCCAAGAAGCCAUUGAUCUUGGCUCCUCCAGAGUCGCCGGUGGUUCCGAAGAAAAAUGAGAAGAAGGGCAAGGCUGCCAAAGAGCCAGCAAAAAAGGCUGUUCAGGAUGCAGUACCUGCCAAGAAGUCGGCGCAGGCUGCUGCUACAUCCAAAAAGACAGCCCAGGUUGCUGCUCCAGCCAAAAAAUCGGAGCAAAAGUUAAAGGCGGCUCCUCCAACUAAGAAGUCGGCAGCUGCUCCAGCAGCCAAGAAAUCCGAAAAACAGGCUGCUGAAUCACCCAAGAAGUCCCAAAAACUCGACAAGGAAGCGCCCGAAGCAAAACCGGCCAAGGCUCAACCCGCUGUCCAGCUUCAAAAGAAGGCCAAGUCAGCGCAGAAGCUCUCCAAGCCCAUCAACGCCCCCAAAUCCAAGAAACCGAUAAACAAGAAACCUAAACCCGGCCAGGCCAAAGGCAAUGCCGUCAAAAACACCCCUGUUAAGACCAAGAAGCCCGUUGAACUGACCUUUGAAUUGAAGUCCUUUGACGAGCAGCGAUACAAGGAAAUUGUAAGCGAGAAUAAUGUUACGAAGGUCUGCAAGGCUUUGAAGACCAUCGUAUCCGAGGAGGUGGCCAAGAAGAAGUCCACCUCGAUUUUCACCGACUACCGAUACGUUUUGCAAGUGAGCAGCUACAAGAUCCCCAGUUGUCCCAAACGCAUGGUCAAGCUGAAUCUGAAGCAUUCGCUAGUGGGCAGCGACGACGACGUGGCCCUCAUUGUGCCCGAUUUGCAGCGUGGUGCCAAGUUCGACUCUGAACCAACCAAGCAACACUACGAGGAUUUAUUGCGAGAGGCCGGCGUAAAGCAGCGCUUGACUAUCAUCCCGUUCAACCAGCUACGCAACGAGAUGGGCUCCUUCGAGGCCAAACGGAAGUUCCUCAACAGUUACGACUACCUGCUGUGCGACGGUCGUCUCUCGGGCCAGGCCACCGCCUUUUUGGGCAAGAACACCCAAAAGCCGCGCAAUGUUCUGCAUGCCGUGCGGCUUAGUAAGGAAAAUGCAAAGUGGUCGGAAGAGGUGACCCGCGCUCUGAGCCGCACAGCAUUCAGACAGUUGGCCAAGGGCGAUCUGACAUCCAUCCCGGUGGGAAACCAUGAACACAGCGCCGAGCAGCUGGCCGAGAACAUCCUGGAGGUGAGCAAGCAGCUGCAGCAAGUCUAUCCCGGCGGUCUGGCCAACAUUCGGGGAAUGUACCUCAAGAUCGACAUCACGGGCACCACUUCGCUGCCACUGUACGUCAGCUUGUGCGCACCACCGGCAGAUACGCCAUACGUGGUGGGCCCUCGCGAGCAGCGCAUGCUCAAGCUGAAGAAGCAGGCCAACGAGGUGCUCUCCAAGUUCGCCCUUACCAAGGAUGCUGAGUUCGUAAAGCUGUCUUGGGAUCAGGUCAAGCGCAAGGCCGAGCUGCGCGAAGAAAAGGCAGCUUUGUUGGCCGCCGAUGCGGCUCCCAAGGAUAACGACGGCGAGGACACCGCGGUGCCCACAAAGAAGGCGCGCAAGGAUUCGAGCAGCGAGGGCGCCAAGGCCGAGGCAGAAUCCGAUGAGGAGGAGGAUGUGGAGGAGGCGGAGGACAGUGCCGAGGAGAGCGGCGGGGAUGGCGAAGAUUCGGAUGAUGAUGAUGAUGAGGACGUUGACGAAGAAAAUGAGGAUGAUGACGACGACGACGAGGAGGACGAUGAUGAGGAUGAAGAUGAUGAUGAAGACGAUGAGUAAUCCUGCUUGCCAGCUCAAUUGCUCUUCAUUAGAUCUAGUUUUAUUUCUAUAUACGCAAACUAAUCAUGCUAUAAUUCCGUUUGCAAUUUGUACAUCAGUUUUAAGUAAUAAACGACUUUUAAGUAUGGAAAUAUUAA